GUUGUUGUGUAAAACCUAAAAUGACAGACUGUGUGGAGCUUCUGUACUUCUUAGGAACCUCUGUCUCUUUGCAAAUGAAGUGUGUGGGUGAAGAGCACAUAUAUUCUUGUGUGUGUGUGUGUGUGUGUGUGUGUGUGUGUGUGUGUGUACGCGUGCGUGCUGGGUGGAGGGGAUUUACCCUAGCAUCCUGAGUUCCCUGGCAGAAUCCUACUCUGAUACAGUUUGUGAGUUUGUGUCUCUGGACACAGACACACACAAGGCAAGCAGUCACAUGAAGUACCUUUGGAAGCCCAGACAGCACGUACGCACGCACGGUGGCUAUUACACACGCUCAAAAAGACAGCCACUUGGAGUUUGUUCUAUCCUCUGGAUGGUUGUAAUAAUAUUUGGGCUUCUUGCCAGAGACUGCGUUACCAUGGAAACAACUAAACAGUAGAGUAGCCAGCAGCCUCUUUGAAAUUGUGUUGGGGGAACCCCUGCAGGGAGUACCAGCUAAGGCCACCUAGAGGGGCAGGAACUCUACUGCAGGCUUGCAGGUCAGGGGUAGCCGCCUCAGGGCCGGGUCUCUGGGCCACCUCUGGCCGGCUUGUUCUCUUUUCUCUUUUCUGCAACUUGGUGUCUGUCGAAAGUGUAGCCUUUUGUGUGGCUCCAUCUAUCCCAGCCUCUGGACAGGUGCCCUGGGGCUUUAUUAGCUGUUUGGGUUCUGGCCAGCCUCACCCUGGGGUCUCUAUAGAAACUGCAGAUGCUGGCUGUGAAUUUCUUGUCCUAGAAAACCCUGUGUGGUGGCUUUAGAAAUCUUUCUGGAAAAGAGAGAAGAGUGUGCGUUGUAAAGGAGCGGUUGGGGCUUGGCCAGCCUCUCGAGGCUCCUGGGCUUUUUGCUCUGGGAGAGAGGAAAGAGGUAGUAGCCCCCUUCGGUUCAGAGCCAGCAUCGAACCGACCUCUGCCUCCCAGGCCUGGCCAGGUGCGUUGGGAAGCGCAGAGAGCGCCCUGGCUCUGCGGCAGGGGUCGGGAGAGCCUGUGCUUUGUUGGUGGCCAGCCUAUAAACAGGUGGCAACAGGUGGGAAGCAAUUCAUGAGAGUGGGUUCCUAGACCAUGCACGGUGGAGAGCAGUUAGUGUGCUGGUGGGGCUGGGGAGUGGGUGACAUGGGGCGGUUCCUGCCACGGGACAGUAAAGGUCUUUUUGCCAGGCCCUUGGAUCACCUGUAGAGUGCAAUGUCAAGUUGGGCCCGCAGCUUCUUUAUAACAUGGGACAAAUGAAAGCCAGCCUCAGGGUUGGCCAGGAAGCCGAAGGGCCAGCAUGUCGUAGACUUGCAAGGAGCUGUCUGUGUCCAGAGACAUUAGAGGAAGGCGGUGUUCUAAGCCCCGAGUGGGACACAGUCAAGAGACAGGUGGUGGGCCUGCCUGCGUCCUGGUGUCUCUCUGGACGGUCUCCUCAUGAAGGAUCUCAUUGGUGGAGUGGCGAUGAAUUCUGUUUUCUUUUCUCAUUUUCUCAUUUUGGCAUGUGAAUUCUGUUGUCUGUGCUAGUUCUUUUUUUUUUUUUUUUUUUUUUUUAAAGAUUUAUUUUAUUUUAUGUAUGAGUACUGUGUUGCUGUCUCAGACACACCAGAAGAGGGCAUCAGAUCCAUCACAGAUGGUUGUGAGCCACCAUGUGGUUGCUGGGAAUUGAACUCAGGACCUCUGGAAGAGCAGUCAGUGCUCUUAACCGCUGAGCCAUCUCUCCAGCCCCCGUCUGUGCUAGUUCUUAAAGCUCUUGGUACUCGGUAAAUACCUGACCACUUGAAUGGAUAUGGGUUGGAACCAGGAAUAUUGUUAAAAAGUUUUUUAUUGCGUUUAUUUUCUGUGUGCGGCAUGCAUGUCCAAGUGUGAGUAAUCAAAGGACAACUUGCAGGCUUCAUUCUCUUCUCUUCCCACUGUGCCGAGCUCUCUCACAGGCCCACAGGUCCCGGGAAGGUCUUUAGAAGCACCAAUAUCUUCCCUUUUCCUGUUCUCCCACAUCCACCUUGAAGAGUUGGGUAGUGCUUCCUAUGUGCUGACUUCAGUCUUUCCUACUGCUUCUGAAAUGGGUGACCCUUCUCAGGUCUCAGUCCUGACCCCGGCAACAUGCAUCGGACCACACGGAUUAAAAUCACGGAGCUGAACCCUCACCUCAUGUGUGCCCUCUGUGGGGGCUACUUCAUCGACGCCACCACGAUUGUGGAAUGCUUACAUUCCUUCUGCAAAACCUGCAUCGUGCGCUACUUGGAGACCAACAAAUACUGCCCCAUGUGUGAUGUCCAGGUCCAUAAAACACGGCCACUGCUCAGCAUCAGAUCAGACAAAACCCUCCAGGACAUUGUCUACAAGUUGGUGCCUGGGCUUUUUAAAGAUGAGAUGAAACGGAGACGGGACUUCUACGCGGCAUACCCCCUGACAGAGGUCCCCAACGGCUCCAACGAGGACCGAGGUGAGGUCCUGGAACAGGAGAAGGGGGCUCUGGGUGACGACGAGAUUGUCAGCCUGUCCAUUGAGUUCUAUGAAGGCGUCAGGGACCGAGAGGAGAAGAAGAGCCUCGUGGAGAAUGGGGACGGGGACAAGGAGAAGACAGGAGUGCGGUUCCUGCGAUGCCCGGCGGCCAUGACCGUGAUGCACCUCGCCAAGUUCCUCCGCAACAAAAUGGAUGUGCCCAGCAAGUACAAGGUGGAGAUCCUCUAUGAAGACGAGCCCCUGAAGGAAUACUACACCUUAAUGGACAUAGCCUACAUCUACCCGUGGCGGAGGAAUGGGCCUCUCCCCCUCAAGUACCGUGUCCAGCCAGCCUGCAAGAGGCUCACCCUACCCACAGUGCCAACUCCCUCAGAAGGCACCAACACCAGCGGGGCCUCCGAGUGUGAGUCAGUCAGCGACAAGGCUCCCAGCCCUGCCACCCUUCCGGCCACCUCCUCCUCCUUGCCCAGCCCUGCGACCCCAUCCCAUGGCUCUCCCAGCUCCCACGGCCCCCCAGCCACCCAUCCUACCUCCCCCACUCCACCUUCAACUGCUGCUGGAACCACCACAGCUACCAAUGGGGGCACUUCGAACUGCCUGCAGACGCCAUCCUCCACCAGCAGGGGGCGCAAGAUGACUGUUAAUGGAGCUCCUUGCCCCCCUUAACUUGAGGAAAGGGACCCUCUCCUUCCGCAGCCAUCUUUUCCCUCCUUUUUACUUUUUCUGGCCCCCCUUUUCCACUUUGACUUUCCCUGGUUCCUCCCAUCUUCAGAGUGGGAGGUGGGUUUUAUAAAUAAAUCUAUCUAUAUAUAUAUAAAUAUAUAUAUGUACAUAGGAAAAACCAAAUAUACAUACUUAUUUUCUAUGGACCAACCAGAUUAAUUUAAAUGCCACAGGAAACGAAGUGUGUGUGUGUGUGUGUGUGUGUGUGUGGUGUGUGUGUGUGUGUGUGUAUGAGUGGGGGGUGUCCAGGUCUAGGGGUCUUCUGUAAUUCACUCUGCUGUUCUGGAAGGGGGGUUACCUGGUAGUCUUAAGGGGUCAUUGGAAGUAUUAACGUCCUUCCCUAUGUCCCUUCUAGUUUCCCGGGCAGAGGGCAUGUUGGGUCCCUAAGCCCUAGCUGCCUACGGGCUCCAUCUUGGCUGUUUCCCAUCCCUGUCCAAGCCCCCAACUGUUGAAUGUUCAGUCACUGAGACAGUGCCUUUUACAAGUGCAGUUUGUCCUCUGGCUGUGAGCAUCAAGUGGCUGCGGAGAUUCCCCUCAUCUCCUCAGACAGUGGGAACCUUGUUCAAAGAACUGAUUAAGUUCUGAACCCUCCCCCCUUUCCUCCUGUGUGUGGAAGAGAAGACCCUGGCCCUGCAAAGUCUAUGUGUGACUUUGGCAUUGUGAACACUUCAUUUUCUCCUGCCCUACCCUGACCCAGGAACCCAAUCUAGCAAGACUGGAGGUGACAGUCACUGGGGGGCCCAGAGCCGAGGGUUGGGGUGGGUAACCCCUGACAAGCACAGACUCCAGUUCUGCCAAAAGCUAACGGCCCUCCAGUCCACUUCCUCACCCCCAGCGGAGGCCAGGCAGGGAUAGGACAGAGGCAUCUAGAAGCACAAGAAGAUAAAGAAUGGGCCCACCCCAACUCUACCUGGUGGACCACCUAUUAUGGGCAAACCUUGCCCACCUGGUUUUCCUCAAGUGUACAUAGAUCUGGGGGGCGGGGGGAGGACAGGGUAUUGGCUUAGUGUGUGAGGUUCUAAACCCAUGGGUCUGUUUGUACCAUGUCCUGAGUCUAAGGUCCUGUGACUAUACCCUCCUGUCCUGGGUCAUUUGUAUCUCUUGGCUUUGUAAUAAAUGCUGCCUACACUCUUAA